GUCGCUGUGCACGCUGCUGGAGGAGCUUCACAGCGAUGUGUCGCGGACUUUAAACACACUGUGACAUACAGUGGUGGAAGGAGGGAGAUCGCGCCGUACUGGAUCGUAUACUGCAACACUUCUUACUUAUGCAAUGAGUCCGACCGUUUUCAUUCUGAUCCAAUGUGUCUGACGAUUCAGUUUCCACGCGCGAUGCUCUGACUGCCGUGUGUUUAUAUGGAGACACCCUAAAAAACAGUCAACCGGGAAAUGGUAACACAUGAACCUCCUCACUGGAAGGAACAUGGUUGAGAGGAGCAGUAAAUUUCUGUUCAUCGUUGUCGGCUCGGUUCUGUUCAUGCUGAUUUUGUAUCAGUACGUGGCUCCGGGGAUGAUGAACUUCGGCUCUCCGCACGGGUACAUGCUGGAAAACGAUGCGGAUCUCUUCCCGACUCCUGAUCCACAUUACGUGAAGAAAUUCUAUUUCCCCAUCAGGGAUCUGGAGCGGACUGUGGAUUUUGAAAUCAAAGGGGAUGAUGUGAUCGUGUUCCUCCACAUCCAGAAGACCGGCGGCACCACGUUCGGGAGGCACCUGGUCCAGAAUGUCAGGCUGGAGGUUCCUUGCGACUGUAGACCGGGACAGAAGAAGUGUACCUGUUACCGACCCAACAGGAAAGAGACCUGGCUCUUCUCUCGGUUCUCCACCGGUUGGAGUUGUGGCUUACACGCGGACUGGACCGAACUGACCAACUGCGUACCGGGGGUUUUGAACAAAAAGGAGAACAGGAUGAAAAACCAAAGGAAGUUCUACUACAUUACCCUUUUACGGGACCCCGUGUCUCGGUACCUAAGCGAGUGGAGACACGUCCAGCGCGGGGCCACGUGGAAAACCUCCCUGCACAUGUGCGAUGGGCGAACGCCCACGCCGGAGGAGCUGCCCCCCUGCUACGAGGGCACCGACUGGUCGGGCUGCACAUUACAGCAGUUCAUGGACUGUCCGUACAACCUGGCAAAUAACCGACAGGUGCGCAUGCUGGCCGACCUCAGCCUGGUGGGCUGCUACAACAUGUCCUUCAUCCCGGAGAAGAAGCGUGCGCAGGUGCUACUCGAGUCGGCCAAGAAGAACCUACGAGACAUGGCCUUCUUCGGCUUGACCGAGUUCCAGCGCAAAACGCAGUACUUGUUCGAACGGACCUUCCACCUCAAGUUCAUCCGGCCCUUCAUGCAGUACAACAGCACGCGGGCCGCCGGCGUGGACCUGGACAACGACACAGUGCAGCAGAUCGAGGAGCUCAACGACCUGGACAUGCAGUUGUAUGACUACGCCAGGGAUCUUUUUCAGCAGCGCUACAUGUACAAGCGACAACUCGAGCGAAGAGAGCAGCGCCUAAAGAACCAGCCCGCCCUCUUCCACUUUCGUCGGGCGCCCAGCUUUGAUCCUGCUUUCAGGGAUGACGCGCCGGAGUCCGAGGCGUCCCGACUGCCCACGGAGGACUACAUGAAUCACAUCAUCAACCGCUGGUAGCAGUGCUGGGGGGAGGGGGAUGGUAAAUACAGGUUGACGAGGAGAAAAAGGCUGCGAUGCCCAGGUCAAAUCCAGCGGGAGAGGAGCACGGCGAACGAGAAAGAGACAGAACUUUAGCGCCACCAUCAAAUGCAGCCCUCCCCCCUUCUGUUGUGCUCCAGGAUAUCCUUCGGUCGUCUUAGAGAGGAAGGACUCUAAAUGCAGCGCGCUCUUCGCCGCUAAUGCGAAGACUUUGAGCGUCAGGUCAGAAAUUACUGACUAACUUAAAGCACUGAGCCUGAACUUAAAAUAAGAGGUGAAGACUUCUACAGGCGCAUUUGCCCACGGAAGGAAAAAACAGACGUAAAAAUUAUCGGAAUUAUAUUCACUGCAGAUUUUAAAAGAAUGAACCGAAUGAAAUUGUAUAAGGGUAUUUGCUUAAAUGUCUGCUGCCAUUUCAGCCAUGAUAACGGUCUGUCUCUUUAUUUUUUUGUUUAUUAUGGUCUUAUUUCUUUUGAUUAUUUUUGAAAGGGAUUGUUCGUCCCUCAAAGAGGUAAAACUCACAGCACUGAGACCAACAGAGCUGCCUAACACUUAUUGGAUGCAAUUUAUUAGCUUUUCAUAAUCAGUGAUGACUUGAAAAGGUCUGUUCUAUUGUCCUUUUUUGUGUGUAUUUGCACUUCGGUUGCAAAUUUCGAUGGACGGACGGACGACGUGUGGACCAUAGCCAUUAUUUAAGCUUUCAGCAUACUGUACGAGAAAAUUCUGUGAGCUAAGUGUACUAAUACAACCUUACCGAAUGUGAGAGGUGUUUCGUUUGUCCGAUCCGACAGAUGUCUUGCGUGAUGUUAUUGGCCGAGACAAAUUCUAAGUUGUCAUUAGCACUCAAUCAAGGCCAUUUCUUAGUAGCUGAAGCGGGAACCAGGUGGAGAUCCAAAGAGGAAACUGUGUCUUAUUUUACACUUAGUAAGGAUGGGCUCUGUGUUUCUAAGCGAAGUCAUGCACUCUAAAGACGAUUGACUCAGUAAUGACGCCUGUGUGUCAGUCAAUAACAGGAGCGUUGAAGAGAGAGAGCUCGUGAAUCGCAAGAGCAGAAUGAAGAAGCAGCAAACGCAGCCUUUAUAAAUGUCAUCACCAUUCCCAAUUCCCAGAGACUACUCAAUAUUUAGUAUGCGUGUGGAUGGAGGAUGACUGUGUGUUUUUGAGAUUCUAAGCAUUCUAUUGAGGAUGACUGUUUUAAGUAUGCAAGCAUGUUUGGGUGUUAUUUUUUUCUGUGUGAAUGUGUGCGAGUGAGUAUUUCAUGACCAAUCUCUUGCCAUGGUCCUCAGGGACUGAAGCUAUUCCCAGUAAGGGGACAAGAAUGAUGUCACGUGUCUCCCCUUAUGCAAAUCUUUGAGUUGUUUGUUGUUAAAGGAAUAGUUUGCACUGAGAAGUGCACAGUUCUGUCAUUAUUUACUCACUCCUAAUCCAUGUGGCCAUAAAAUGAGAUGUUUUGCAGAAUGCUCAAGCUACUCUUUUCCAAACAAUGAAGGUGAAUAGGGACUGGAGCUGUGGAGCACCAAAACUAUAUUUAAAUUUGCCAUAUUUAAAGUAUUCAAGUUUAUUCCAAUUCAGCUAAGUCAUAAGGAUGGUCACUUUUGAGCUAAACAGCUAUAGUCCUCAUUCAGUUUCAUUGUACAGUAUAUAAAAGAGCAGUGUGAACAUCCUGCAAACCGUCUUCUUUUAU